GAUCGGUCACGUGAGCCACUUAAAUGGGAAGGACGGAGGAGGGAGGUGGAGCAGGUUGGGGGUUUCACUCCGGGUUCAUGGGCUGGCAAAGGAAACAGGAAGCGAAGACAAAGGGGCCGCGCCGUAGCAGCGGCGCAAAGACAACCCAGCAAUGGCUUCAGGAACAGCUUUGAUUUACGAUGAUGAAAUGACAAGUUACAAACUACUUUGGGAUAACCCUGAGUGUGAUAUUGAAGUGCCGGAAAGAUUGUUAUCUUCCUAUGAGCAACUUAAACAUUAUCAUCUUUUGGAAAGAUGUGUCCAUGUACCUGUCAGGGAAGGAACCGAAGAAGAGAUCAUGUUGGUUCACAGUUCAGAAUACUUGGAAGUUGUAAAGAGCACCCAGACAAUGAAUGAAGAAGAACUCCGAAGAGUCUCAGGAAAUUAUGAUGCUGUUUACUUUCAUCCAAAUACUUACCGCUGUGCUAAACUAGCAGUAGGAGCAACUUUGCAACUGGUGGACUCUGUGAUGUCAGGAAAAGUGUGCAAUGGAAUGGCAUUAGUAAGGCCUCCAGGUCAUCACAGCCAGCGAAAUGCAGCCAAUGGAUUCUGUGUGUUUAAUAAUGUUGCCAUUGCAGCUCAGUAUGCCAAAAGAAGAUAUGGUCUCCAGAGAAUUCUCAUUGUUGACUGGGAUGUGCACCAUGGACAAGGAAUUCAAUAUGUAUUUGAAGAGGAUCCCAGUGUUCUCUAUUACUCCUGGCAUCGCUAUGAACAUCAGCAGUUCUGGCCCUUGCUCAGAGAAUCUGAUUAUGAUGCUGUUGGUCAGGGAAAAGGAAAAGGAUUCAAUUUCAAUGUACCUUGGAAUAAGGUUGGAAUGGGAAAUUCAGAUUAUCUAGCUGCAUUUUUCCAUGUGUUGCUUCCAGUGGCUUUUGAGUUUGUUCCAGAACUUAUUCUGGUCUCUUCUGGAUAUGAUUCAGGAAUUGGUGACCCGGAGGGUCAGAUGAAUGCUACUCCAGAGUGUUUUGCCCACCUUACACAUUUCCUAAUGCAGUUAGCUAAUGGAAGGCUGUGUGCAGUUCUAGAGGGUGGAUACCAUUUGAAGUCAUUGUCUGAAUCAGUCUGCAUGACUGUAAAAACUUUGCUUAGAGACCCUCUCCCCCAGAUCUCUGGAGAAAUGGCACCGUGCUUAAGUGCUGUUGAGUCUAUACAAAAUGUGAGAGCUGCACAUAAACCAUACUGGAAAUGUCUGAUGUAUGAAGAAGCAACUCCUUUACACAAUCUCGUUACCAAGUCAAAACAGAUGAUGGAGGCUGAGCUAAAUCAAACUAGUACACAUCCCACAGCAAAGCAAGUGGUUGGGAAGACUAACAGUGAUGAAGCUAUCAAAAUAGACAGGUUUUUGGAAUCACACAUGAAAAAAAUUCUCUUUCCAGUACCUUCUGUUAAAACAGCAGCAGCAAUUGUCUCUAAAGCUGAUGCACGUUUGCUACCAAUAUCUGUUCAAGUGGAGAUGGAAAUGAAUGCACAAGAACUGAAAACUCUUGUCAGUGCAUUUGAUGCAGAACUUGUGAAGGAAGAGAGAACUUUACUCUCUCUUCAGAAUGUGGUGGCUGUCCUAGAUAAAAUACUAAAGAAGAAGGUGUGCAAUGGAAUUGCAGAAUCAUCUCUGGCUUCUGUUUCUACAACCUUUGCACUAAAGCACUGCUUUGAUUUUGGAUUACAAAGAGUCCUCUGCAUAGUUGUUGGAGAUGUGGAUCUUGAACUCGAUUUAGAUGAUGGAAAAAUACUUUUGAUGAACAUUUGCCAGAAACAACAAACUGAAAAGACCAACUCCAAAUAUCAUAUUUCUCUGAACUGGAAAGAGGAUGCUGAAAGAAACAAUUUCUUUUGUGCUGUACUUGGAUUCAUUCUUCCUGUAGCGUAUAGCUAUCAACCUGACUUAAUGUUAAUAGUCAUUGGACCAAACAGGAGCCUUGGUGUAAAUGGGAUUUCUCUGCUUACUUGUUUACUGCAAGGAUUAGCUGAGUCUCGAAUUCUUGUGGUAAUUCAGGACACAGAAAUAAAACUAGUGCAAAGUGUGGCCAAAGCCUUAUCAGGUGUUCCUGCACCUGACUUUGGAGCCUAUGCACCUGCUUCCCAAGAAAAUGUACUUGAAAUAAAACGAUUAAGAAACCAACUUCAACAGGAAUGGAAAAUGCUUCGAUGUUCAGUAAGGGACUGGAUUUCUGGAAGCUGAGGUCACUUGACUACCUUUGGGCUCCAUCAUUUAACACAUUUCAUCAUGACCGAAGGAAAAAGUGUGUUGUCACUUUUGGUUGUUUUCUUUUAAAUCAAUGAACAAAGAUUAUCAAGAUAUGGCCACAGCAAGAGCCAUUCACAAUUGUUUUACGACUAUUACAUAUUUUUGUUCAAAAGAGCCACAUUUUCAGCUAAGAGCUCUUGCUGUGUGUCCGCAAAAGCGUUCAUGUAUCAAGUUGUGCAUGCAAAACUUGCAUUUGCUUGUAACUGCCUGCCAAAUUAUGGACCCAGUCCUGCAAACAUGUAUAAGUGUAUCUUUUCAUGCAUAGAAUCAUAGAUGUGUAGAAGUGGAAGGGACCUUGAGAGGUCAUCUAGUCCAGUCUCCUGCACUCAAGGCAGGACUAAGUAUUAUCUAGACAAGGGGUAGUCAUAGGUGGACCAUGGGCCAAAUCUGGAUUGCCAGAUGCUUUUGAGCAUACCCCGAAAUCUUUUUAUGUACGUAUUAAUUAUUAUUAUUAUUACUAUUUUAUUUUCUCUGGAGUCUGGACCCUGAUUAUAUCUUGACCAAGAAAUUUGGACCUUGACAAAAAAUAAUUGACUACUCCAAUCUAGACCAUCCCUGACAGGUCUAACCUGCUCUUAAAAACCUCCAGUGAGAGAGAUUCCACAUGAAUGGUCCUAUGUAACUCAAUGAGACUGCUCAUAAGUGUUUGCAGGAUUGGGCCUAUGUGAUUUAUGAGUGCAAAGAUGGGUUUUGCACAUGCAGUAAGCUGAGUGUAUAUGAAUUGUGAAGCUGACUGGAAACUUGGGCCCAAGAGAAGAGCAGGGAGAAAAUGAGUGGUCAUAAUACAGUAAUUGAGGAGUUUUCUGAAUUACUCGAAAGUAUGAACAAAUACUCUACACUGCCUUCCAGCAACAUGCAUCAAACACAUUUAAUUCUGAAUUAAACUUAAUUGACAGUCCUCCAGCCUCCUUUUAUCAUCCACUAAUCUCCUAUUGCAAGCUUCCAUCUUACUUUCCAUGGACUAGAUGCUGGUACCCAGGUUGAAUUGCAAAAUAAUUUCACUUAGGUCAAUGGGACUACUCAUGGAGUAAGGUUAUCGUAACCUGACCAUAUGUUAGUAGUCGCCAUUCCCUACAACUCCCCCCACACAAACAUAGCCACACUUUCUCUCGUUUCUUAAUUUUUUUUGAUCAACAGUUAUCUGUCUAGCUAUUUCCAGGAAAGAAUUUUAAAAGAAAAACACUUGGGGGCAUAUUAUAUUUUGAAAAUAUGCAUCUGAUGUUAAUGUUUAAUAUCCUGGCAUAUACAGCAUUCUUUUAAUCUUUAUAUUACUUUAUUCAAUUUAUUCAGGCAAGGAGCCAGAAACUCCUGAGUUAUCUUCCCUUUGUUAGUGGCUUCUUCUGUGGCUUUUGAUAGUCCUCUGGCCAGUCUCUGCCUCAGUUUCUCCAGCUGUAAAAUGUAAUAGUCCUCCCCUCCCAGGAUUAAAUAGUUCAUUUCUGUGAAGUGCUUUGUAGCUGAAAAGCACAAUAUAAGCACUAAGCAGUAUUAUUAAAUGGAGCGGUUUGAAUAGCUAACACUGAAGUAGGCUCUAUUUUGUUUCUUUUGGGAUAUUUACAUAGGUGGUAGCAAGGUGAGCUGAUAAGUGUUUUGAUUUGUUGAUGUACUUCAUUUUGUAUGACAGAUUUCUAUAGUAGGAGGGAUGAGCUGGAGUGCCAAUGAGAAGCGCAGUCAGGAAAGUAACAAAUACUUUCCUCAUGGAUUGUAUUUUCUAAAUGGACAACUAACCUGAUUCUCAAUUCCUGGGGGACAAUCUCCACUCAUUGACCUAUUUUUGCUUUCCACAACCAAAUCUCUGCACAACUUUUCAUGAGUGAUGCACCCGAGUAUUCGGACUCUAGAUUUUAACAAUACAGUUGAGAUGAUAUUCACCUAAAUCUGGGUUAUUGCUGAUCAUGUACUCUAUGUAUCAUAUGACUUUUAAAAAAAAACCCUAAUUUUGUAUUUGUGGAUAAUCUAAGCACUAUACCCAGAUGUACAGACACUCUUCUCCCAACCUAUGUGUUAUAUAACUUUUUUUAACAUUAGCUUUAAUAAAAAUUGUCAAUCUAUUGGUGCUGUUAAGGCCCAGCAAGGAUUGAUUAGGCAUAGAGACUGGACUGAACCUACACUGCAGUUCAUGCAGAUGCACCUGUGCUAGGUGCAAUCUAACUAGCUUGCUAAAAUGAGCAGUGAGGACACACCAAUGCAAGUUUCAGGCGGUCUACCAAUGCAAGUACAUACCCAGUGGGGCCAGGUGGGCUUGUACAGCCUGCACUGAAGCCCAUGCCACCAUGUCCUCACUGCUAUUUUAGCUAUAUUACAGCUAGUGCUGGUACAUCUACAUGAGCUGCAAAUUACACCCCUGGAUAUCAAUGUAGAUGUAGCCUUAGAAGCAGUCCGUCCAGGUCAGGCUUGAAGCACUGCUCUGCAAGUGUUGUACAUGUUCCGUGGACUUUUCAGGCCAGCCUCUUUCAUGAGCCGAAAGUUCCCCAUACAACAAAGUUUAAAAAUAAAAAAAAAUAAUAAAAAAAAAAGGCAGGGAGUGUUGCAGUGCUAGAGUAAUAUGCCCUCCCUAAUGAAACUAAAAUUAAUGUAUAGAUUCUGAAGCCAGAAGGGACCACUGAGAUUAUGUAGUUUGACCCCAGCACACACACAUAACAAGGCCACAAAAUAAUCCCUGUUUUGAACUAAAGUGUAUUUUUUAGAAAAACAUCCAAUCUUGAUUUUAUGAUUUCCAAUGAUGGAGAAUCCACUACAAUCUUUGGUAAAUUGUUCCAAUUAUUAAUUACCCUCACUAUUAAAAAUUUAUAUUUUAUUUCUAGUGAAGGCCUAGGGCACUGGGAUUAAUAGCUUUGUUGCUUCUGAACACUCCAGGAAUGUUUUGGCAGAAUACACCUGCUGUGUUGUUAAAUGUGGCUACCAACCUUGCAUUCCACUGUUUUUUCAAUGGAAUGUUAAUGGGCAAACCCCUGCAUAGCAGGGAACAAUCAUCUACAACAGUAGUGCUUCUUGAUCAGCGUUGGUGGGGAAUUAGUCCCAGAUACAGCGUUGCUUUUAAUCCAUGUUCUGCUAGGGAUGUCAUUUACCCUAUGAAUUCUCUUGGUAUACCCAGCAACUUUCUACAUGAAUUCUGUAAAUUCUUUGUAGCUAGCUCAUAUUGAAACAUGCAUAAUUUUAAAAGUACUUUAUUCACAGGGACUUUAUGUUCUUCACUCUCCCAACUAAUACUGGAAAUUAGUAGGGUCUGUAAAUGUUAAAUGCAAGAUGUAAUUAAAAGAAGAAAUAUCAUAUUUAAAAAUAGAGCACUUUAACUACUAACAUCAAUUUUAAAUGUUCCAAGCAAUGGAGAGAUUGUAUAUUUCCUGUAUAUAGGAAUAUUAAUAUUUUAUUAUGAUAAAGCAAGAUGAACAAGGUGAACAUUUGAAAAUGAAUAAGAAUAGCCUACUUGUUUAUCUGGUGACAUAGUUCAGUUCUCAGCUUCAAAAGUAAUGCUUCUAGCACAAUGAGAUCAGAGUAUUAAUUCCAGGUUCUAAUACAAAACAGUGUCUUUUUACUUAUCUCUACCAAGUCCAUUCCUGUCACUUUGAUUGAAAUAAAUGGUAAAUAUCUUUAUACAUGAUCUUCAUCCUUAAAACACAUAUACUUACAUGCUUAACUUGCUCAAGUCAAAGGUAAAGUUAUCCAAAGCACCUAAGAUGAGCCACAGAAGGAGGAGCCUAGCCAGCCAUGGGAGCCCCAGCAAGUUUGGUCCCUGCUAAGGAGAAGAGUCCCCAGAGAUCCAGCUCUAGCUGUGUGUUAUAGAAGUUUUUUGCCAAAUUUUCAGCAGAUUUAAGAAAACUGUUUGGUCCAGUGCCUCAGCCUUUACUGAAAAUUUCUGACUAGCUCUACUCAUAAGUUACUUAGGCUCCUACAUCCUAUUUAAAGUCAGUGAGACCGAGGCUUCUAAGUGACUUUAGAUGCUUUUGAAAAUUUUAGCUAAAGUGACUACUUGCACGCUUAAAAUUUAAGCAUAUGCAUGUGUUUGCAAGAUUGGGGCCCAUAUGGGAAUAUAUCACGUAACAGUACUUAUGUCCUAAACAGUCUGAAUAUCACAACUUUAAAUUGCAGUAGUAUUCUAUUAAGAUAGGUCUUCUAUGGCUAUUCCUAUUUUAGAUUUUCUAGCUCAUACUGACUUUUGACUUGAGGUGGGCAGGAAAAGGUUUUCCCGUUCUGCAAGAAUUUUUGAGAUUUUGAAAACUUUUACUGUCCCAAAUUGGGAUGAAAUGUCAACACCUCAAAUUCUCAUGAACCAAAACAUUCAAAUCAGGUGAAAAAUUUCUUUUAAAUUGGAAAACUGAAUUUUUUGUGUCGGGGACAUUUUGACAAUUUCAGAACUAAUUUUACCAACAGUAAAAAAUUUUGAAUUUGUCUAAACCAACCCUUUCCUGCAAAAUGUUUGUUUCAAAUGAUCAGCAUUUUCUGAUGGAAAAAACAUUUUGUUGAAAAAUUCCCAACAAGGUCUACUUUUGACCUGCCUUCAUUAAAUUGUAAUAUUCUGUAGCCGAUGCUUGAAUGACACCAAGAUUGUAGUAUUUUUAAUAUAAAUUAUUAGGUUCUUGAGCUCUUGAUCAAAUUAAAUGGAAGAUUUUCCAGUAUAUUUUUUCAGUAGGAUUACUUUGCAGGUAAUGUCAGAAGAUUGUUUCUAAGGUUGAUAUGUAUUAGAAAGCCAACUAUUAUAAUAUACAAUAAAAUGAUGGCAUUCUUUGCUAUAAA